AUGGCGGCCCCGCAGCUUGACUUCAGGGCGGCAACAGGCCAGACGGCCGACCCGCGACUGGAUGCUUCGUUGCAAGCACCAGCACCUAUUGAAAGAACCUGGACGCCGUUGAUCAUACCGAAAGAGCUGUACCUUCGCGAAGGCUUGACCUGGCAACCACACCAACCCGUGUCGCUCACAGUUGAAGUCAAUGGCAAACGUGACAUGAUGAAAUAUGCGGCUGUCAUGCAGUUGGUGCCGAAGCUGGGUUUUGUUGCGCGCUUGGGCCAGCCCGGCGCUGCAGCCAAGUUCCAAAACUUGCAUUUGGUUGAUGUAAAGCGACUCGCAAGCCCUGAUGUAAGCGAUGCUGGAAUGGUUGCGCCGGAGGUGUCCGUACUUGCGGGGGCCGCGGCGGACGGCGGACUGCUGAGCGGCAGCAGUAGCGAGGGCACCUCAGCGCGCGCAGGGACGCGCUCCGUCGCUGCCACUGCGACCGACGUAGAUGCCGGUGCUAGCACUGACAGCCAUUCCCAAGGCGACGCAGCAAGCGACCCAGAUGAGAAGGCCACCGUCACAUCAGCUGCAGGGAGAUCCAUUGAUGCUCAGGCCAGCUGCUCAGCUGUCGCAAAGCCUGUCCCGGCUGCUACCCCUGCGGUUGAGGCAGUUGCGAUUAGGGCUGCAGCAGCGGAAAGUGCUGUAUCCGUUGGCGCCGUUGCAGCCAUCAGCGCUUCGGGGGCGGUCCCUGCGCUUUCCGCGGCAACAGCGCAUGCAUACUGUUGUGGUUACGCGUUCUGUCCUUGCCACCUGGACCCUGAGCAGCUCGACACGACUUCCGCGGACAGACACUUGAUGGACGCAUCUCUACACGGCUCGGUUGUUGCUGGGCGCCAGACGUUUUUCAGGAAAUCUGGGUCACCUGCCAGCGCCCACCCUGCCGACACAGCGGCGGUCUCGGGUGCUGCCUUGCCCUGCAGCUGCCAGCCUUCUUCGCCCAACGCCGCCGCGCCCUCCAGCGAUGCGUCGGCUGCCGCGCUCGCUAGCCACAUGAGCUAUGAGCGGCUCCGGAACUUAGCCAUCGCUCCCAUCCUUAAGUCCACAUCCUUGGCCGCGGUUCCCAAGGCAGUUGCCGUGUUCUCAAGUGACGGCGGUCGCCAGGGUGAUGCUCCGUUGCCGUCCGUAGCUUCGGCCGCGUUGCCGGCUUUGUGGACCACGCACGGGUCGGUUUCGGCACCAGCUGGCAGGAGUGGCGUCGUCACUUGGGUCGCACCUGGCGCGAGCACCGGAGCGGGCGGUGGACUUAUUGACAGGGAGCUUGUACUUCCAGCCGACUUGGCUGCCAAACGAAUGUCAGAUACGCAUGCGCUCGUGCAGAUUGAGAUUGAUGGCGAGGUCGAGGACUGCAAGAUGCAGUUUAGGCUUGUACGAUCAGCAGACGGCAGCACACUUGUGUUGCAGGGCAUCUCCCGGCCGCUGCGUGGCUUGCAGCUUGUAUCUAUUUCCGAGGCGGCUGAAGGGGACAUUUUUAUUCGCGCUGUGACACCAUCAGCCCAACCCACCGGCGGUGUUGGGGCCGUGGAGAAGGCCCGGGGGGCCCCAGCCGCAAAGCCGGUAGCGGCGAAGCCAGCGACGGUGGUAGCUGACAGUACAGCUUUGGCGAGCCGCUCAUCAAGUGGCCGGCAGCGGCGGCCGUCUCUAAAGGUUCGCGAGGGUGCUGAGGAGGCCAUUGUAACGGGCCUCCGCCGGCACGUGUCGGUGGCAAGCUCGCCUGCCCUUCCGCCGUUGUAUCCCGCGAACAGCGAAGCUGGGGCCGCGCUCUCAGGCAUGCCGCCGUCGGCCGUGCAGCACCAUGUGUCUGAGCUUGCAUCUCAACAGCAGUCGUCGCACCAGACGAAGCGCCGCGGCAGGCCCCCGCGGGCGCGUGAGCAAGAGAUGGCGCUGCCGCCGCCACUACCGCCAACUGCGCCAAUGCAAUGCUACCAGGAACUGCAGCCGUCAGCGCAGCAGCCAUCGCAGCUGUUGCCUCCGGGGAUGGAUGACGGGGGAUUUAAGGUGAAGGUAGAGCAGAUGCAGGACAGCCAAGACGUGAACGUCUGCCGGGCGCUCGGUGUUGAAGGCAGCGCGAAACGGCAGAAGGCUGCCAUCACCACCACUGCUGGCCGUCCGGGGUCUCUGACGAAGAUUUCGGAGGGAGCCGCGUCUGCUGGGGAGGAGCCUGGGGCCCCACAACUCCAGGGACGCCGAGGUGCAUCUCAGCGGGCCCGCCGUGCGGCACCGAUGACGGCUGCGGCGGUGCAGCCAACAGCAGCAGGUUGCCCGUUGUCCACGGGCUUGAAGGCCACCAACUGCGCGACGGUCCUGGUGACCGGUCGGGCACGCAGAACGUCAAAUCUGGGAUCAGCGGUCAGCCUGCCGCCGCUCCGAAACCCUUCAGUUGACGAAAUUUCGCCUAGUGGGAGAAUAAUUUCAGACUUACGCGGUAUGGCUUUUCGAGAUUGUCCCCAUCAGGAGCUGCAGCAGCUCUAUUUACCGCCGCCGCAGCAGCUGCUACCAUUGCAGCUCCAAGCAGUCAGUGGCCGCAAGCGCUCGUCAGCGGCAUGUAGAGCAGGAGGUGACGCUGCCAUGCUUGUGGCGUCUGCUACUGCUGUUCUGCCCCCCAUGCAGCUGUCAGACGAACCUAGUCCCAAGCGCUACAGGAUGAGCCGCGAAGGCAGCUCUCUGGGUGCCUUGGAUCAUGAUGGUGCUGAUGAAGAUGAGCAGCAACCACAGUUGCUGCCAGAGGAGAGUCCACAGGGCUCUGAGGCGGCUGCACCGGCGGGACCGCGGCCAUCAUCGGCGCGAGGCCGGAUCGCUGGCGCCUGUGGCGCCGCCGCACGGCGUGCACAGCGGCAUCUGCAGCGGCUGCGGGAGCCGCCGUCGCCAUCCUCGGCUGGCACGGAUGCCUCGGACACGGAUGACGCCGAUGGGGCGGAAGGGUCGGCCGGAAGCGGCGAUUUGGUUGGAGCAAAGGCGGUACUACUGGAGGCAGGGGCACAUGGCGCUGAUGGCGCGGCUGCUGCUGAUAGUGGCGUCGGCAGCGGCGCCUUGACGUGCUAUGCCGCAGCGGUAGCUCGUCCUAAGCAUCGGGGUCGUGUGGGAGUCAUCAAGGCAAGAAGCAAGCCGAACCGCCACCCCAGCAAGAUCUCCAAUGUCAUACGCAACGCCGGAGCUAUCCUGCUUAUGAUUGGUCACAGCCCCAUGGUGUACGAGAAGCAGCUGCGCGCAACCUUUGGUAACAAUCCUGACACCAGCAAGGCCCUGAGAUUGCUCGAAGAACAGGGCAAGGUGAUGCGCGGCGGCCUGGGCUAUCGCAUGCACCCGUAUCACUACACCCUUACCCCCAUCGGUCGCAAGGAGUACGAGCGGCAGCUGGCGGAGCAGGGCCCUUCACAUGCGUUUGCUCUUGCCAUGGGGGUGAACCUUCCGGGCGCGGAAGAAGGCGGCGGCGACGGCGGCAGCCGUGCAGAUGCUGAUGUGGAUGCUGACACGACAGGUGCUGAGGAGGCUGCGGGCGAGGCGGGGGCCUCGGCUGAUGCCGCUGACGCGGGAUGUGCAAAUAUGGGAGCAGAGACUGAGGCACAAUCAGGCGAGGCUCCUGCUGCAGCGCUGCCUGAGCCUACGAAGCAGGAGUACCAGCCCAGCUCAAGCGCUGUGCUAGCGCCCACAAACUUGGCACAAGCUCAGUCGCUCUUGGAGGGGGUAUCCACGGGUGCUAUCUCGAGUGCUGGGCUGCAGCGACCCGCGGCAGCGGAAGGCUGCGGCCAUGCACUGGCCAUGCAAGCUGAUUGCCCGCUCGGUGGCGCAGCGGCAGGGACGCAGGCCGCAGCGGCUGCUGACGUACAGGCGCCCCCGGUGCCGCUACCGCAUGUCCUGCUGUUACCACAGCUGUCGACAGCAGCUGGGCCGGAUAGCACGGGUCCCUCUGGAGCCUCGCCCGCGACGGUGCACUGGUACGGCAACGGUGGCGGCAGUGGGGGCAGCGGCGAUGGCAGCAGCCCGUCAGAGAGCGCACAGAGCGCGCAGCGGUCUCAGAAGCAAACUCUCGGCAGGACCAUGCCGCCGUCGGCAGGUACGGCGGCGGACGCGGCGGCUUCCGCCGCUGGGCCUGACAUAGCAGCUGGGCAGCAACGGCAAGUGCUAUCGCAUCAACAGCCUCAGGUUCACUACAGUCACCAUCCACAUGCCAUCGCCGCUGGCGACUCGGCCAUCAAGGCCGCAGUAGCAGAUAAUGCAUCAUCAGCUACUGCCGCGGCAGCUACCGGGCUGCCGCAGCAGCAGGUGCAGGCCGUGCUUGCUUGUCCCCUUGGUUACCAGCUCACCUACACGCCGGCCACCUACCACUUCACUGGAAAAGAGCCGGGCAUACCAAGUCAAGGAUCCGCCGCCCAAGCCGGAAAAGGACAAGCCCCGUACGGCAACUCGUACGCCAUGUACGGCUAUGUACCGACUCCAUUUGGGUAUGUUCCAUACCCGUUGUUCGGUCCGUACAAUCCCGCUGCUGCUGCUGGUGACGGCGCCGGAGGCGCUGGGGUCAUGCAGGCGUGUGCGUCUGCAGCGGCGGCAGCGCCUGGUGUGCCCGCGUUUCCAGCUCCUGCCAUGCACUCUUGCACUGGAGUGGCCGGCCCGUCCGGCGGCCAGACCCCGGCGCCCGCCCCAGCCUCAGCCGCUACAGCGGCAACCCCUCUCCUGCAGUCCGCGCAGCCGUUGGCCGGCCCGUCCUCUUGUAUUCUUCAGGAACAGCAGCAAAAGCAACAGCAGUCUGACCAGUCCGGAUUGCAACGCGGGGCCGCACCGCUAGGUGGGGAGCCACAGGCAGCGGAUCAGGGGCGAAUGGAAGCUCGGACGACUACAGCUAGCAAUGCGCCAGUUUGCUUAAAGGCCGCGCUGCUGGAGCCUGCGUCGGCGUUGGGAGCGCAACCAUUGGAGCGACAGCCUCAGGCGCAGGUGGAGGCGCAGCCGCCGGAGGUUACGAAGGAAGUGUCGGGGAAAGCGGCCCCACAACAUCAGCUACAACAGCAGCUGCGGCGGCAGCAGCAACAACAACAGCAACAGCAGCAAGCUCAUCAAACGACAUUGUCGCCGCCGUUGCACCAACAGGCGCACCAGCAGCCGCAGCAGCAAGCGCACCAGCAGCCGCAGCAGCAAGCGCAACAGCAGCCGCAGCAGCAAGCGCAGCAGCAACAGCAGCAAGCGCAGCAGCAACAGCAGCAAGCGCAACAGCAACAGCAGCAAGCGCAACAGCAACAGCAGCAAGCGCAACAGCAACAGCAGCAGCCCCUGUAUUUCCGAUAUAUUGCGCAACUGCCUUGCGGGGGCUAUCGUGCUGAGGUGCCCAGCAUCAACGGCGUCAUGUACUACAGUCCUGGCUUUGCUAGCAGCAUGCAGGCGGCUGCCGCGGCGGAUCUUCUGAUGGCCAAGUUGCGGCCGGGCGAGCAGCUAAACCUGGGCGUAAACGCGCAGGAGGCCGCCACGUUGGCGUCUUGGACGGUGGAGCAGGUUCAGACCCUGUUGUGGAGUAUGGCUGAGCAGCGCUGA